AUGGAGGAGGCGGUGGUGAAGCAGGGCUGGAUUUACCUGCAGCUCCAGCAAACCUUCGGGAAGAAGUGGAAGCGGUUCUGGGCCGUGCUGUACCGGGACAGCUCCCGCUCCUCGGCGCGCCUGGAGCUGCAGGAGAGCGCGGAGCGGGCGCGCAGAACCGAGCCCGGCCGGCGCCUGGUCCGGCUCAGCGACUGCGUCCACGUGGCCGAGGCGGGUGGCGAUGCCACCUGUCCCAAGGACACUGUCCCCUUCCUGCUGGAGACCACGGAGCGCAGGUUCCUGCUCGCUGCCGACAGCGCCGAGGCCGCAGAGUGGAUCCAGCGGCUGUGCGAGCUGGCGUUCCCAAGGAGCCGGGAGGAGCCGGCAGUGGCCAAGGAGGGCUCGCUGGGCACGGAGGGCGAGUUCUCCAUGGAGGAAAAUUCCCUGUACAGCUCCCGGGACAAAGCCGGCCUGGAGCAGUCCUUUGAGGUGACAGUGAGGGUGACACCAUCCUCGCAGCGCUGCCGGCUGCGGGGCCGCUGCAUCCUGCGGACGGCCGAGGAUGCCCUGGAGCUGCGGCAGCCGCAGAGCCUGGAGCUGCUGUGCCGCUGGCCCUACCGCUUCCUGCGCCGCUUCGGUCGCGACAAGGUCACCUUCUCGUUCGAGGCCGGCCGGCGCUGCGCCUCCGGAGAGGGAAACUUCGAGUUCGACACCAGGCAAGGCAACGAGAUCUUCCAGGCCAUCGAGGCGGCCAUCGAGCUCCAGAGGGGCCGGGGGGACGAAGCCCCGCGGCCGCUUGAGCACGCCAGGACCCCGAGCUGGCCACACGAGGAGCCCAAGUGCCCCUCUGGGGAGGCCAAGGUGCCCAAAGCGGAGGGGAAAGGGGUCAAGGGCAAGCCGGGGAUGCCCCCCGGAGCUGGGGAGCUCCCAGGGUCGCUGCAGCCAUCGCGGUGUGAGGAUUUUCCCUACUCCGAGCCCUUGGAUUCCCUGCGCCGCGGGAACGCGCCCGCGCUCUCGGACAAGGGCUGGAGAGCCGAGCCUGCCAAGGUGGAGUCCGAGUACGCCGUGCCCUUCGACACCAUCGCCAAAUCCUUCCUGACCCGCCAGUUCGGCGGUCUGGGCUGUCCCCAAGAGGGGCUCCCCGAACCCCCGAGUGCCACCAGGGAUGCGGGAGGGGCUCAGCAGCCCCCCGGCCGCCCCACGGCGCCCAAACCCGAGCACAUCUACGACGAGCCCGAGGGGCUCUCGGCGCUCUCGGUGUACGACGAGCCCGAGGAGGUGAAGGGCGAGGCCUGGAGGCUGCAGGCGGCCCCCGAGGAGCCCCCCGGGCUCGCGUGUCCCUACAACGCCCAGCGCGAUGAUUACGCCGUCCCCAAACGGCGCGUCCCGCCGCGCCAGCCCUUCCUGCUGCAGGGCAAGGAGUGGCUCGGCGACAGCGACUACGACAACGUGGCCCUCAAGGUGGCCAAGAAGAGGAACCUGCAGUGA